GCCGCAGAUCGUGAAAGUGCGUCCGUCCGUGAUGCGGACACCUUGAACGUAGUCCGGCACCGAGUGUCGCCACCUGCACUGCCUUUAUCUCCACGUCCCGAUCUCCCGUUAUCGCUUCAAUUUGUGAUACCAUCUAUCUAUGUGACACGGUGACAGGCGAUGAACAAAUCCACAACUUAUUUCGACCAAGUGCCAACCGAGUGUGUCUGUGUCUGAGUUGCAUAAUCCGGAGCCGAGAUGUUCACGAAGCGGCAUCAGAAGGAGCACCACAGGGAAGUGCAACAGCAGGAGCCGCAGGCGCCACCGCUGCCGCCCAAAACUGCAUUAAAGUUUCAGGUCCAGUUGGCGCACGGAAGUCCGUCUUGUUUUGUGUCCGGAUUCUCCAACGUUAAGGAGCUCUACCAGAAGAUCGCGGACACGUUCGAGUUUCCCAUGACCGAGAUUUUAUUUUGUACAUUGAACACGUACAAAGUGGAUAUGAAACAACUUUUGGGUGGACAAAUCGGAUUAGAAGAUUUUAUUUUUGUACAUAAAAAAGGUAGACCGAAAGAAGUGGAAUUAGUGAAAUCAGAAGAAUCAUUAGGCUUAACAAUAACGGACAACGGAGCGGGUUAUGCGUUCAUCAAACGAAUAAAAGAAGGCUCAAUUAUAGACCAAGUUCGGCACAUUAACGUCGGCGAUCACAUAGAAAAACUGAACGGCGAAAGCAUGGUGGGCAGAAGGCAUUUCGAAGUGGCGAAAUGUUUGAAAGCCAUUCCGACAGGAACCACCUUCACCAUCCGACUGGUCGAACCGAUACGAUCCGGAUUCAACGCGAUAGCACCAAAAAGUUCGAAUCGUUACGGCAAGAAGGCCUACGGAAGCGGAAAGGAAACCCUCAGAUUUAAGGCUGGAGGACAGGCAGAAAUCGAACAACAGGAUGACGCGUUGGAUGCAGGAAUCGAGAAGAUAAACGGCAUCCUGGAAACGUUCAUGGGCAUCAACGAUUCCGAAUUGGCGACGCAAAUCUGGGAAAUGUCGGUGGGUAAAUCGAACUCGAUGGAUUUCGCGGAGGCAAUCGACGAAUCAGAGUUGGCUUCGUUCGAGUUCAGUGACGACAUAAUCAUCGAACUGUGGGGCGUGAUAACUGAUGCUCGAGACGGACGAUGAUCGAUGCUUAUAUUGCUGUGCCACAAAUAAUUUUACAUUUCUUUCCCCCGUUCUCAUUCAUUCUUUAAUUGAAAGAUAAGAUUGUGUGACAUUAAUUGAUUACUUAAGUACUUAAUUUAAUUUUGUGAUUAGUUGUAGGAAAUACCCGACCUAUUUAUAUUUUUUAAUAAAUGCAAUACAAUAAGUCA